AACAGAUUUAUUUAUUUGUACUUUCUUGAUAUCAGGAGAAGAAGAAAAAAGUAUUCAUCUUUAGCUUAUCUAAUAUUUUCCCUAAAUGAUCCGAAUCUUGACAGAAGAAGUACGAUGCUCUUUGCGCUCUGGGUUUACCAUUAGUUCAGUAGGGCAGUGCGUGGAGGAACUUCUACUAAACAGCACAGAUGCUGAGGCAACAUGUAUUGCCGUGCGAGUGGAUUUGGAAACGCUCAGGAUCCAGGUGGUGGAUAAUGGAUAUGGUUUAUGUGAGGAGGACAUGAAACUUGUGGGAAUGAGAUACUUUACAAGCAAAUGCCAUUCCCUCAAGGAUUUAGAAGAUCUGAAAUUUUAUGGAUUUAGAGGCGAGGCUAUUGCAAGCAUAGCUGAAAUGUGCAGCGUAGUAGAAAUUUCUUCAAAGAAGAAGAAUGCAGCAAGGACAUUCACAAAAUUGUUUCAGAAUGGGAAGUCGCAGCAUGUGCAUGAAGCUGAAUUGAACAGGCCAUGUUAUGGGACAACUGUUACUGUGUUCAACCUGUUUUAUAGCCUGCCAGUACGGAGGAAAUGCAUGGAUCACGUAAUAGAGAUUGAACGUAUCCGACAAAGGGUAGAAGCAGUAUCCCUCAUCCAUCCAUCCAUUUCUUUCUCUCUUAAGAACGAUGCUUCAUUUUCUGUGAUACUUCAGCUGCCUAAAACCAAGGACGUGUGCUCUCGUUUUUGUCAGAUUUAUGGACUUGCCAAAUCUCAGAAGCUUCUGGAAAUUCAGCAUUCUUUCAAUGGCUUUUCUAUACAAGGAUACAUCAGUAGUGAAAGUCACUAUAAUAAGUCCAUACAGUUUUUAUAUAUUAACAAAAGAUUGGUUUUAAAAACAAAAUUACAUAAACUUAUUAAUUUUCUGUUAAGGAAAGAAAGUGUAAUUUGUAGGUCUAAACCUCAUGUUGGCGGUAAAUUAAGUUCUAGUCCAGGGAAGAAUCGUGGUCCCGAGCUUUAUGGAGUCUUUGUAAUUAACCUCCUGUGUAAUUUAUAUGAGUAUGACAUUUGCUUUGAGCCUGCAAAAACCUUGAUAGAGUUUAGAGACUGGAACUCUGUAUUGCUGUGUGUAGAAGAAGGUGUAAAGACAUUUUUACAGAGAACUAACAUGUUUUUAGAGCCAUCUAAGGAAGAUAUUACUGACUUUAAUGAGAAAACCAAUUUAACUCUGUCAUGUCAUGAAUUUCAAAAUGUGGAGAAGAACCAGCAAGAGAUCUUUCAAAAGGCUUGUGACAGUGUAACGGAGAACUAUGCAAUGUCAAAUCUUAAGUCAAAAUAUGUAAUCAGAAGUAAUACUAAUGAGAUACAAAUGCCAAAUCCUACUGUGAAUGAUCCUAAUGAUACAAACAAAUUUCAAAAUACUCCCUGUAGGGUAAGUGAUGCACUUGUUGAAUGCAAAACAACGCAGUCAGACAUGUUAGAAGUCUCUCCACACAAUAGCAGCAUCCCUAAGACAAAUACAGAAGAUACAGGAUCCUCUACAUGUGUUAAUAAAGAUAACUCGGAAGAUAUGGUAUGUCCAGGUUCCUUUGAAGGUCACUGCAGUGUUGUAAUGCAUGAUUCAGCUGAACUUGAAGCUGUACAAAGUGGAAAUAGUUCUGACCAUCUGAAGAGAAAAUGUUCUACAUUGCUUAGUCCUCGGUUUAUGACAUGGGAGACGAGCCUUCCUGUAGAUACAGUAAGAGACAAAACUCUAUCUAAUAUACUGUGUCCAGUUGUGAAUGAGGUCAUCUCACAAGUAACACAUGACACAAAUAAGAAUUAUUUUUGGUCAAAAGACAUUUCUAACGAAUCUACUAAAUUUGAAGUAAGCCAGACUGUUUCCAAGCUACCAUCACCUGAGGGAACAAAUAAACAGUUUAAAAUGUUUUGCAGACCUGGUCCUGUAUGUUCACUUGAAAUACUAGAAAACAACAUUUCUGGGAAGAGUAACCAAUCAGGAAACUUAAGUAAACUUUUUCCAAACAAUAGAAAGUCAGUAGAUGCUAAAUUUCCCACAUUAAAUACAAGAAACAUGGAUGUAUUGACACAUACAUACACACCUGGCAUCAAACACAGAGAUACAAAGCAGACUUCUAAAAGCAGGGCAUCCAGAACUUUGCAUUUAUUUGGUCAGCUGGGAUCCUUGGAAAGAUUUAAGAGACAGUAUGGAAAAACACAAUCUUUAGCAGCACAUUCAAGCUCUUUGGAUAAGGUUCACAAUGGCAACUUGAAAAUUCAUCCUCCCAGUGAAAAGACAGAAACAAAUGCUCAUCCUGCAAGAGAACCUCAGGAACUAGCAGAUACUAUAUUAACAAAUGUUAAGCAGAUACAUUUUAACCUUAGUCAGCAAAGUCAUUCUACUCAGUCAGAACAUGCUAAUCAGAUGCUAAAUCCAUCAAGUAAUCAGAGCAAUGGUAACUCAUUGGCCUCAAAGCUGUGUCAGAUGAGGAAUACACUAGAGUCUUCAUAUCUAGAAGAUAUAAAUACUGAAGCAUUAAGAAACUUAAGAGCAACCAGUGAGAUUUCGUUAGGGAUUGCCAUACCAAGUACAGAACAAAUCUCUGCUGUUGUGAAGAGUGUUAAUGCCUCUAGUCCCCAUGGAAAAUCAGAGGAACAGACAGAUUGUGUUCAGCAUACAUUAACAACUGUACAUGACUGGGAGACACAAGAAAGUAAAAUUACUUCUGAUGCACUUGAUACUUUUGUCAGAGGUUCAGAAAAUUAUCUGGAUCCCAAUAGUACUCUUCAAGCAAGUGGUUUUGCAUCUCAAAACUGGUGUCAGUGUUAUGAAGAGUCACUUGGGAGGAACGUUUUUAUUAACAAGGCCACAGGCCUUAGCAGCUACAGUGCUCCACUGGAGGAGGGGACCACCCGCUGCAUUAAUGAUCUCUCAACGACUGCAGUGAAUGUUGUCUGCGGUAAUGAUAAUGAGAACUCAGAGAGAGAUUUACUGCAGUCCAUGUACUCAAAGUGGGAGAACCCAGUGUUCUCACGUCACCCUAUGGUGGCUGUGGAUGUAAGUAGGGGAAAUGCAGACAUCCUGGCAGUCAAAAUACACAAUAUACUGCAUCCGUACCGGUUCACCAAGGACAUGAUACAGACUAUGAAGGUUCUUCAGCAGGUGGAUAAUAAGUUCAUUGCAUGCUUGAUGAAGACUGAGAUGGACGACGGCACAGAAUCAGAAGGAAACCUCUUAGUGCUGGUGGAUCAGCAUGCAGCCCAUGAGCGUAUCCGUCUGGAGCAGCUUAUUGCAGAUUCCUAUGAGCAUGCACCAGGGACUAGCGGAGUAAAAAGGCUAAAGACAUCCAUUGUGAAUCCCCCACUGGAAUUGGAUUUGACAGAAAAUCAGUGGAGGCUGCUUAGGGCAUAUGCUGGUGGUCUGCGUAACAUAGGUUUGUCUUUGUCAUUCCCUGAUUCACACAACACUCGUGUGCUGGUCGGAGAGGUUCCUCUUUGCUUUGUAGAGAAGGAAGCGAAUGAGACUCAUCGUGGGAGAUCAACUGUGGCCAAAAUGAUGGUGCAGGAUUAUCUAAGAGAACAGGUGGAGCUGUUACAGGUGUCUGGAGGAGCUCAUGGGACAUUUCCUCUGACCGUGCUGAGGGUGCUGGCGUCCCAGGCAUGUCAUGGUUACCAUUAUGAAGAUGGGUCAAAGCUGGCUAAAACAGAUUUAUUUAUUUGUACUUUCUUGAUAUCAGGAGAAGAAGAAAAAAGUAUUCAUCUUUAG